AUGAAUUCUUCGGUUCUCAUAUCUUCUCACAUAUGCAGAAACGAAGAGGUGGCAGCUGGGGCAAUCAAUGCAAUACAAAAGUUGGCUAGUUUUCCUGAAGGCAUGGGCAUAAUCUUCCCAUCUACCAAAGGAGGUGAUACUGACCUCGGGGUUAUAGCAUCGCAAUGUUCAUCACUGGGCCGAGUUCGUGUCUUGGCUUUAGUGGUGAAGCUUUUCUCUGUAUCUAUGUCAGCAGCAUCUGCCAUACACAGUUUAAAUCUACUUAGUUUGUUGGAGGCAGAAAUCAGAAGUGCAGAUGAUACCCUUGCAACUUUAAGCGUUUUCGAGCUUCUCUAUGAGCUAGCAGAGGUGGAGCAUGGUUCAGAAUUUUUGUCGAAGUCUAGCCUCUUUCAACUGCUUUCAUCAAUAAUUAGCGACGAUUCCAAGGAUUCAUUUUUAAGAUCAAGAGCAAUGAUGAUAAGUGGAAGGCUACUAUCCAAGGAAAUUACACACUCCUUCAUUGAUGAACCAUGUGCUAAAACUGUGAUUUCAUCCAUUGAUGAGAGGCUUCAGUCCUUGGACCCUUCGAAUAGAGAUGAAUUUGAAACUGCACUUGAAUCAUUGGGUCAAAUAGGAUUAUCUAUCAGAGGAGCUAAAUUACUACUCUCAGGCACAUCACCUGCUGCUAGACAUGUUAUUUAUGCUGCUUUUGAUCGACAAGGACCAGAGAAGCAUGGUAGACAACUGGCUGCAUUGCAUGCUCUUGGAAACAUCUCAGGUGAAACCAGAUCUGAGAAUUUCAUCAUACUUGAUGGUGAAGCAGAAGAAAAUCUGCUUCGCUUACUCUAUGAAACAGCAUCCAGGAGCUCAAAGCUGACACCAUCGGGUCUUUUUCUGUCAGUUUUGCAGCAAGAUUCAGAAAUUCGUAUAGCGGGUUAUAGAAUGAUAAGUGGAUUGGUUUCUCGACCACAGUGCUUGAUGGAAAUAUGCUCAAGGCAAGAGAUUAUAAAUAUUGUGACCGACCCAAGUACCGAAACAACAAAGAUAGGAAUGGAAGCUAGAUAUAACUGUUGCAAGCGGAUACACAAAUCAUUGACGCAGUCUAGUGGAGUUUCUGCUGAUCCUACUUUUGCAGGAAUAGCAGCAAAACUGCAGGAAGCUGUAGGAAUGGGUCCGUAUCUUCAUAGAAAGCGUGGUGGUGAAGCUCAACCUAUUGUGAUGACGGCUGAUAGAUUUUAG